GUUCUUCCUGUUGCAACAUCGCCUCUGCUAGUCUCUCUUCCCCUCCCACCUCUUUUCUCUUCUCUGCUUUAACUUUCUCAGAGUACUCCAAACCCAGGCUCCAGUUCUGGCCUUUGGGGUGCAAGGUCACUGGGACUGGGCUGUGAUCUCCGCGCCUAAAUCUCAACCCUCAACUCCCCAACCCAAGGCACUUGGGACGUCCUGGACAGACCUGGGCUUCCCAGGACGCCACCACCACUGCUGACCCUACCCCGAGCCCAGAUGGGGGAGUGAGAGGCCACAGCUGGCGGGACAUGGGCCCCUCCACUGUGCCUGACCUGCUGCUGCCACUGGUGCUCCUGGCUCUGCUGGUGGUAAUACACCCCUCAGAGGUCAUUGGACUGGUGCCUCUACUUGGGGACCGGGAGAAGAGAGAUAAUCUGUGCCCCCAGGGAAAAUACAGCCACCCUGAAAAUAAUACCAUUUGCUGUACCAAGUGCCACAAAGGAACCUACCUAUACAGAGAUUGCCCAUCCCCAGGGCGGGAAACAGACUGCAGGGAGUGUGAAAAUGGCUCCUUCACUGCUUCAGAGAACCACCUCAGACAGUGCCUCAGCUGCUCCAAGUGCCGAAAUGAAAUGGGCCAGGUGGAGAUCUCCCCUUGCACUGUGGACCGGGACACCAUGUGUGGCUGCAGGAAGAACCAGUACCGACAUUACUGGAGUGAAAACCUUUUCCAGUGCUUCGACUGCAAACCCUGCCUCAAUGGCACUGUGGUUCACCCCUGCCAGGAGAAACAGAACACUGUGUGCACCUGCCACUUCGGGUACUUUCUAAGAGGAAACGAUUGUGUCCCCUGUAGUGACUGUAAGAAAAACUCAGAGUGUCUGAAGUUGUGCCAAAUUGAAAGUAAACCUGUUAACAGCCCCUCAAACCCAGACACCUCAGUGCUGCUGCCUCUGGUGAUCUUCUUUGGUCUUUGCCUUUUGUCCCUCCUCUUCAUCAGUUUAAUGUGCCGCUACCAGAGGUGGAAGCCCAAGCUCUACUCCAUUGUUUGUGGGAAACGAACACCUGAAAAAGAGGGAGAGCUUGAAGGAAUUACUACCAAGCCUCUAGCCUCAGCUCCGGGCUUCAAUCCCACUCCAGGCUUCAGCCCCAGCCCCAGCCCAGGAUUCAGUCCCACUCCGGGCUUCAGCCCCAGCCCGGGCUUCAGUCCUAUCUCCUGCCCCACCUUCACCCACACCUCCACCUUCACCCCCAGUUGCAACUACACAGCCAUGACAUCCCCCAGAGAGGUGGCCCCACCCCACCUGGGGGCUGAGCCCAUCCUCACCACGGCCCUGGCAUCCACCUUCAGUCCCACCCCUCUUCAGAAGUCGGAGGACAGUGCCCAUACCACACGCUCAGACACCGACCCUGCCACGCUGUACGCGGUGGUGGACGGCGUGCCCCCGUCGCGCUGGAAGGAGUUCGUGCGGCGCCUGGGGCUGAGCGAACACGAAAUCGAACGGCUGGAAAUACAGAACGGGCGCUGCCUGCGCGAAGCGCACUACAGCAUGCUGGAGGCUUGGCGGCGGCGCACUCCUCGGCGCGAGGCCACGCUGGAGCUGCUGGGCCGCGUGCUUGGCGACAUGGACCUGCUUGGCUGCCUGGAGGACAUCGAAGAGGCGCUGCGCGGCCCCUCCUCCCUCUUGUCCGCUCCCCGCCUCCCUCGAUAAGGCCACGCCCCCGCGGCCGGCCAGAAGGACGGUCUUGCCUGACGCCCCUGGUCCUGAGUUUUUUUUCUGGAGAGGAAGAGUCCAGUAGGGCCAGCACUAGCCGGCUCCCGCUCACUUGGUGCUCCCCCCUGUGUAUACAGCUUUGUCAGCUGCCUGAGAACCGCCGAGAGUCAGUGGGAUGUGCGCAGGAGAGAGGUGCACUGCGCUGCACGGCGAUGCACUUGUGCUCAGGAGAGGCUGCUGUAGCAGCAACCAGAGGAGUGGGUUCAGGGAUGCGGGCAGUAUGCCUUAUGCUUUUUUUUUUUUUUUUUUGGACAGAGUUUCACUCUGUCGCCCUGGAUAGAGUACCAUAGUAUCACAGCUUACAGCAACCUCAAACUCUUGGGUUCAAGCGAUCUUCUUGCCUCAGUUUUAGUAGAGACUGGGUCUGGCUCUUGCUCAGGUUGGUCUCAAACUCAUGAGUUUAAGCCGUCUGCCCACCUCAGCCUCCCAGAGUGCUGGGAUUACAGGUGUGAUCCACCACGCCCGGCCUGCCUCAUGCCCAUUUUGGGCCCAGCAAAGCUGCUCAGGGGCCUCUGGUUGGUCCCCGAGCCUCUUUCACAGUAGAUAAGCAGAUAUGUUACACUAAUAGAAGCUUGGCACCCAUUUGCUCCCUGCCUGGACAAGCACAGAGCAUGCCGAACUGUUCCAAGGCAGGGGCAAGCAUGGAACAGUGGGGGCCCCAGCUGGAUCUGUGGACUUUUGUAAAUACACUAAAACUCUGAAAUUAAAGCUCCGCUACUGAG